AUGUGGGUUUUUGAUAGAAGGCGAAUUGAAAUGAUGGAGGUGGUGAAUAAAGCUGUCAGAGGAGCUGUAGAGUUUGAGAAAGCGAAUGACCUUGAGCGUGGGAGGCUACGGGAGUUAACCUCCCCUGAUAAAUGGAGCCCCCCUUCGACUGGUAUGUUCAAAUUGAAUUCAGAUGCUGCAAUUUUUAAAAAUCAGCAGGUGGGGCUGGGAGGCAUUGUGCGCGACUGUGAAGGUGAUGUGUUGUUGGCUACGUGCCUAAGAAUUGAAGGGUCGAAGGACGCGGAGGUGGCUGAAGCUCUUAGCACUCGCCAUUGCUUGCAGGUUGCAGUUGAUGCGGGCCUGAGGAACUUGAUAGUGGAAGUUGAUUGUUUGAAACUGUUCAACCAUCUCUCAAAUAGGAAGUUUGAUCCUUCGAGCUUUGGUAUUAUAGUUCAGGAUAUUUUAUGUAUUGCUUCUCACUGCUCUUCUAUCUCUUUCUCACAUGUUAGGAGGAAAGGAAAUUGUGUUGCACACAAUCUAGCUCAAUUAAGUAGUUCCAUGGAUGGACUUAGAGUGUGGAUUGAGGAAGUACCAACUGAGGUACUGAGUUCUGUAAUGGCUGACAUUCAGGUGAUCUAA